AUGGUGCUCAUCAACAUCGCAUACACGGCUCCGAUCAACCGGCCAGGCCAGCAUCCCGUCCUCACAACCCCGCAAGUCUGGGCCGGCCUGGUGCGCAAAGUCCGCCAUGCCCAAGAAUUCGUGCCCGUGAUCGAGUCCUGCGCCGUAGCCUCCGAGGAGACCAACGCCGCCGGCCAGCUCGUCGUCACCCGCCAUGUCAACUUUGGCCAGGCCGCCCCCGUGCCCGGGAGCGGAGGGGAGGGAGGGGAGGUCGAGGAGGUCUGCACCUUGUUCCCGCCGCACAGGGUCGACUUUGUGCAGGACGACGGCACCAGGGUGUGGAACCACGUCAGCCAGGGUCCCGGCAAGGACGGGGAGGACCUGUACCUGACCUAUGUCUUCGAGGCGAGGGACGACGCGGUCGAGGACGGCUCCCCGGACGCGGCAGCUCUCGAGGAGAGGUUCAAGACGGUGCGUGCCCAGCCUGACUGA